GUAGUGCGAAUCCUAAAUUCAAUCGCGGCUUCCGGCCGUUUUCCGUUUUCUAGGCGCUUAGACAAUAAAAAUCAAGCGUCUAUUUAAAUUCAAAAGCGGAAAAAUGUCAACGAAAAAUUAUGAAACUAUAGUAGAGGAUGUGAAGGCGGGACAUAUCAGCAAUAUACAACAUCUACUAGAGAUCAGUAAGGAGAACCAGCUUCUUCAACAGGAGAAAAAAGAUCUGAAAAACUCAUUUUUUUAUCAAGAAAAAAAGCGAUUAUAUCUGGAGUACCUGGGAAAGGAAAGGAACACAUGGCCAAGUGUUGAAAAAACUGGAGAAAGGUUGAAGGCAAGUCGUGAGGAAUGGUUAAAGGUGAAAGACAGACUGGAUGAAGAGAAAGACAAAGUGUAUAACAUCCUGGAGAAAGUAACUGAAGAGCACAACUUGUUACUGGGAAAAGUUAAGACGCUGGAAAACAAACAAGAGCUAUUUGAGGAAAAGAAAAAAUCAUGUGAGAGUCGUAGGCAGCUUGACCCUAGUUUGACAGAAACUGCAAUAUCAAAGUGUAAACAUGCCAUUGGAACUAUAGAAGAGGAAGUAGCAAAGCUUAAGGUGGAGAUAGAAAACAGAGAGCAAGAAAUAUGUAGAUUAAAAACUAUGUUAGAUGGUAAAACUUACACCAGGAGUAACAACUGUGAUGACAAGAAAAUAGAGAGAUUGAGAAAUAUUGUAAGUUUUCUAGAAGAAGUUAAUGGACUUACAGUUCAUGUCAGUGGACAAAAACAACUAACUCUAGUUUUUAACCAAAAUAACUCGGAGUUGACCCGUCUGACCUCACCAGAGGAUUCUCUUAACCUUGAGAUAACCUUGACCUUCAAUACCACAUGUGAAGAUGUAAGAUUGUGUGAUGUAAAGAUCAAUGUUGAUCAUUUUGAAAUCAGUGAUAUAGUUGACACAGCUAUUGCUAUGAAUGAUGUACCUUAUUUGGUGUUGUCAGUACAGAACAGAUGGAAUCAACAUUUCCCAUUGCUCUCAGAAAUGGACAUUCUUAAUAAAAAUCAUGCAAUAGAUUGGAUACAAGAACAAUGCAGAUUGAGAGUCCUGGUUGGCAAGUGUGGUAAAAUAAUGUUUACAUUACAUGUACCUAAAGAUUACCCAUCAACAAGGGAGAUUACUCUGCUUGACUAUUAUGGUUUAGACGAUGUGGAUACUGAAAAGCUUCCUGACAAAAGCUCAACAUUACUAGAGUGGGUUUUAUAUCUAGAGAACACAUAUGGUGAUUGCUGAAUAACAAUAACAAUAUGCAUCCAAAUCUUACUAUAAUCUCACAAUGUUUUAAGGGUAUAUAGAUGUCAGCUCGUUAGUCUGUGGGACUCGGUCUUCAGGAUGAUAACAAGAACAAGGAAUGAGAUACUGUAACAAACUUAUAAUAUAACAAGCUUAUUUAGGAUUGCUUUCAGCUGCCCUCGGGUCAAGUUUCUUAUAAAGAAAAUUGGUUCCUAGAAAAAAACUAGAAAUUUGAUGUUUUACUCAAACUUAAUAAAUAUGCUCCUUGUUUCUUGUUGGAAAGUAAAUGCUUAUAUAAAAUGGAUUUACAGUGAAUAUAUUUUUUUAUCAGGACAUAGGAAGUUGUGAUAUAAUCCAUAAGAAAAAGAAGUAUUGUAUUUAAUAAAUGUAAAGUUUUGAUGUUUAACCAAUGCAAUAAAUCAGUUGCUACCAAAUGUAUUUUAUUUCUUCAUCUUUGUGUAUCUUUUCAUUAUUUAGUAAACAAUGUUUAUUACCCGGA